AUGGCCAGAAAUCAUGUCGAUGCGCAUCCUACCGCAGCCCAUGUGGAACGCGCCCUCAUCACUCCAGCCCCAGCGAUACAACAGCCCGAGCAUGCCUACCAUCGACGGAGGGACAUCAUUGACAGCCUCACAUCCCAGGUCGGUAGCUAUGCGAACUCUUUGUUGAGUGACCUUGGCUCAGCUAUACCGUCGUAUGUCACAGAUGGAAUCCUCCCUAACCAGGUUGAUCUGCCAACCGGCACCCAGGUGCUGAGUAGUGCUGGUGUCAGCAGCACAGAUCUGGAUGCAAAGCCAACACAAGUCCUGAACAUCCCAGGCUAUGGCAAUUGGACAGGCUCGAAUUGGAACCUGAGAGUGCACGGGAAUGUCUAUAAACUGCCGGACAUAUCCAAUAAUACAAUCGACGACCUUGCCAACGUCUUCCUGAUUGACACGAGCGUCGCACAGCUGCAACCUUCCGAGCAAGACAUGGCCCGAAACCUGACGAGAUCUAUAUAUGUCGUUCAGCAAGAUGACGUGAAUGUCACAGUCAAUAUCUUGCCAGGUCCCAUGUUCGGUGGUGAUGGCGAACCACAAGGAGGUGGAGGCCAGACUGCUGGUGGCAUCAACCAGACCACUCAACUUCCAUAUCCCACUACUGAACUGGGAGAUUUUGACGUCUUCAUUCCUGUUGAUUCCAACUCAAACCUGACCCCUGGUACCGGCGAAAUCCCUGCCCAGCGGCUCAAUGUCUAUGCACAAGGUACCGACACGGGAAAUGCCACUUCCUACCUGGUCUCCAACAACGGCUUGACCGUCAUUAGCGACAUCGACGACAUCCUGAGGGUUACCAAGAUCUACCAGCCAAAAGAAGGUCUUCUCAACUCCUUCGCUCGACCUUUCACUCAAUUCAUGAACAUGCCAGACAUCUAUCGCAACUGGUCUCAGAGCCUUCCCAAUAUGCACUUCCACUACCUAACAACAACUCCUGAGCAGGUCACACGGAACUACAUGGACUUCAUCUACAAGACCUAUCCUGGUGGCAGCUUCGACACUCGACCCCUCAAUUUCAGCGACGUUUCCGCAACGCUUUCAAUUCGAAAAUACCUGUUGGACAGAAUAUUCCAAACCUUCCCAACCAGGAAGUUCAUCUUGGUCGCCGAUACCAGCAACCCAGACGUCAUGCGCGAUUAUCCUGAAAUGGCCAAACAGUAUCCAGGUCAGGUUCAAUGUAUCUUCCUCCGAAACACCUCAGCAACCGACCCAUCCAAUCACUUCCCCUACAACACCGAAGGUUUUCAAGACCUCAACCAGCAGAUGUAUAUGUUCUUCAAAGUUCCCGACGACCUCAAAGGUCUAGACAUCGUCAACGGCCAGUGCUACAAUAGCUCCAUCCCUCAGAACGUCACCUUUAGUUACCAAGGACUGCCUUUCGGCCUCUCAACCAGCAACUCGAACACGACUACCAGUGGUGCCUCUUCUUCUAUUGAUACCCCUUAUUUAUUUUCAGCAAAGCACAAAUCAGGUUGGAAGAUUUUUGAAAUUCUGUUGGCUGUGCUUGCAGGUGUAGUAGUCGUGGCAGCAUUGUAG